AUGUCGCCUACAUCAGCAGUACUAGACUUUGAACGGGUUCAAGUUCCAGACUACUUCUCCUUCGCUAAACCAAACUUAGCCCAGAAUCGUUGCUCCAAGGAUUAUUAUACCUUGACCAACUCGGCUUCUUUCGAAUCCCUUCUUUUCCACCCAGUACCUUCUCCUUCUUUGUGCCUGGAAGAAAUGUUAGAGCUGUGGCCCAGCAGUCCUCAGCCUCUUAGUUCGACUCAACAGCGGCAAAGCGGCAAACGUGUCUAUUCUCGUCAUACAAAAGAACAAGACUCGAUUUCUACGUUGGUCGACUUCGGCAAUUGGAUCUCUCAACACCCUCACAGCCGUGUGCCCAGUCUACUUCCACCCACCCCUGCGGCACUCCGUCAAGAUCUCUCCAAUCUCAAGUCUGACAGUGUGGAAUGUUCCUUAUCAUCAGCCGCACAGGGCUUGUCCCAUCACGUCAAUCAGCAAGAGAAUACUAUAGUCCAUCCGACCACGUACGGCGAUUCGCUAGUAGGACUCUGUACUGACUUGCAACAUUCAUCAAUUACCUCUGACACAACUCGCCGACAAACUGCGAGAACUAUUACACCUGUUCCAUCAUUAACAUAUUCCCAAUAUUCAACGACAUCCUCCCUAGCUGUCGAAGGGCCUUUCCCAGAAGCCCGUAGCAGUACCUAUUCCAACUUCCCGGAGAUCUCUCCAGCAACCCGUGACGCAAACAUGAAUCACCCGGCCCCCGACCACUUCCAGCAUGAAACCAAACACAUUCGUCCCGACCAGAGGUUGUCUUUCUAUCAGAACGAGAGCAGUAUGCAGCGACCCGACAAUGCCAAGCGAAGCACCACCCAGGCGCCAGCGACUGUUCCACUAAACCAUACGGUGCCGGUCCCCAACUUCGACGUAACUCGACUACAACCAAAAGUCCCCCAACUACAUAUCCCCAGUGGGAAGAACGAAGUGUCCUACAUCGACUGGGACGACGACGAUGAAGAGUGCGGACAGCGCAGUGAAUCACGACUAGCACGCAUGAAGAAAAGCCUCACAGAUCUCCGUGCUGCCGAACGGUUCAUCGCCGAUGCCGCGAGCCGAAGGAAUACGAGCCACAAACCCGUCAAAUCAAGCAACCCUGAGGAGAGUACAGCAGUGAUAUCAGCCCAAAUUCCUCGGCCAGUCUACUCGAGAGUCCAGACCGACAACUCACUGCUCUCUCUAUACCACAGACAGAAGCAGCAGCGAGACCGCCAGAGAUACAGUCGCUCCGUCUCUGCCACAGACAACAUCGCCCCCAGGUCAAGCAACAAACCUGAGCAGCAGAAGCCCGCAGCAAGUCAUUCCAUCAGCCUGAGUCUCCCGUCCAAGCUCGGCAGCAUCCGCGCUCUGCAACCGACGAGACCACGAAAGCCAUUCAAUCCCAAAUCCAAAUCCAUCUCUGCCGCCCACACGGAACAACAGCUGCGACAAGAACAACUCACGCACGCCGUCUCCGCGCCCGCGUCGUCUCAACACCACACUCCAACAGCACCACUCCCACCCCCACCCCUUUCCUCCUCAACACCCGACACCCAGCCCGACACCACACGCCAUAAACGCCACCAACGAAGCCGCACCAUAAGCUCCGGACUCGAAGGCUUCCCACAACUGCCAACCACGACGAUAAGCGGCUCCGCCGACGAGUCAUGCGAGGGUCCCCAUUGUCCAGCUGCACCGAUCAUGUCGACCUCAACAACAACACUCGCAAACACCUCCGCCCUGCCGACCAAGAGAAAGCGGUUCAGCACGUUCACGUCGCUCUCGACGCCGCGGGUCAACGAGAUGGUUGUCCCGACCGAGAACGGGAAGGACAAGGACAAGGAGAAGCCCAUAGCUCACAAGCGCCCGAGACUCGGGAAUGGCGUCGUCACGAAAUGGGUCAGGCGCGUCUUCGGUGGCAGGAAUGGAAAGGGGAAGGGCAAGGGGAAGUUAUCCGGGACGGUGAGCCAUCGUACUUGA